ACAGCGAGGACACGUGGGUGAGAGUAACUGGCGCACGCCAUCCUCAUUCCUCUGGAACCUCAUCGGCGUCAAACCCUAUCUCCCUCCCUCCUUGCUCUUCUUGAUCACUACCUUUUGGUCCUAAACUCCUUACCCUCUCCCUAACUUAAUCUCCUCAUGAAAUUCACUCUUCAAGAUUCUAUGGUUUCGUCGUUAAUCCCGUUUUCUGACGCGGUUCUUCUUUAAUAAUUCGCCUGAAUCUCUAACCCUACGAUUUCCUGUUCCUUGCCAUGGAGGGCUCUGCAGAGGAUCUCGGAGCCCCGGAGUCAUGGGAGGCCGCCGAUUUGGACGAGUCAAUGCGACGCUUGAUGCUUUCCUCCAACAGAGACUCCAAGGUGCAGGAUGCUCUCGACGCUUCGUCUUCCUCAGCUGCCUCCGGCUCGACCACUUCGUCGUUUUCUACUUCAGCGUCCACUUCCUCGCCUGGAGAGAAGGUUUCGGAGGAUCUCAUCAACCAGGUUGACCAGUUCCUCCGCGAAGCUAUUCAGAACCCUCGCGAACGGCUGUCAAUUUUGAGGAUGGAGCAAGAUGUAGAGAAAUUCAUCCGGGAUCCUAAGCAACAGCAGCUUGAGUUUCAGCAGCUGCCUACUUCAUAUUUACGGCUGGCUGCACACCGGGUUGCUCAGCAUUAUUCACUGCAGUCAAUGGUUUUACUGGAUAAUAGUUUGCCAGAUGGGUCUGGUUCCAAAAUAAUUGUCCGAAAGACUUCUGAAUGUCGGCUUCCUUCUAUUCGUCUUGCUGACAUUCCUGUGAAAUUACCUUCAGAGGACAGCACAGUUAUGAAGGUUGCCAUUAAACAGAGGCCACAUAAGCAUUCACAGGUUGUUAGUUGUUCAAAUUCAAGUUCGGUAAAGAGUAACAACUCCAAAAGUGUGGAGGAAAGGAAAGAGGAGUAUAAUAGGGCUCGUGCUAGGAUAUUUAAUUCUGGCAGCAAUGCUAGUAAUGUGAUUGGGAAACCUGAAUGUGAGGCAAGGCAGCAUGAUAACCCUUUGCCUGUUUCCGUAGGAAUUUCUAGAGUGGAAGAUAAAUCUCCUUCCGUAUCUGAUGCAAGCUAUGGAAGGGGGCUGGUUGAGUGUUCAACAAAUAGCAGUAGGGCUAGAAGUAGGGCAGCAGAGAAGGAGCCAGCUGGUAGGUACAAACAAGGUAAUAGGGUGGCUAUUUUCCGGGAUCGUGAGACUGACCGCAAGGAUCCUGAUUAUGAUAGAAGCUAUGAUAGGUACAUGCAAAGAUUUGAUCCUGGGUUUGGGUUCAAUGGAGGGUCAUAUGCCAUUCAGCCAAUGUAUACGCCUGUGUUGAACUACAACACUGAGUUUCCACAGCUUGGAUCUACACAUGGACCUCAACUUUCUAAUGAGCACCAACCGCGGCCAAUUCCUCAGCACCUACCUGGACCAUGGGCAGCUCCAUCAACACCUGCUGGUAUUGGGUAUGGACAUCCAGAACCCAUGUUGUCGCCAUUCAGUCCCAAUCAAGUUGGUGCACACUCCUCAUCAACUAUGUUCUUGCAUUCAUCUCAGUAUCCUUGUCAGCGCCCUGGAAUGCCUUUUAUCCAUCACGAACAUAUUCACCAGCCCUUUGCACAGCCUCAUCAACAACCACCUGAUGCAAGUUUUGGAUUGGCCCGGCCCCGGUGAGGGGCUUGGGCCAUGCCUGCACCCAAUCAGCCAGAGCUUUAUGGUGUAAGAUGAUGGGCUUUCUUAGCUUCAUAUUCACUUUAAGCUGACUGGAGUGCAGGCAUGUUGGCCGAGUUGGACUGGAAUGGACUUGAAAUUCUGGACCACCACAAUUGAUCCAUUUUUCCAUGCUCGGUUGAACAAGGAUGCGAUUUGCACCUUAAAUGACUCAUGAUUUCCCUUAGGAUAUUCAACUUAUUUUGAGCUCAUUUAUUGCUUGAUGAUGAAGAAUGAGUUGAAGAUGUUUUGAGAGCUGAUGAAGUAUAAGCUUAAGUUGGAUGAAGCUACCUUCAGCGCUCGAGGAAUUGCAGUAAAAGAGCUUGGCAGGUUAGUUGCUGUUGCGUUGCAGGAGCUUUGAUGCUCGCCUGGCUGGAGUUGCUCAAGCUUCAGUUGCCAAUUAUAGACAUUACAGUAGCCUGGUGAAUAAUCCUAAACAUGUACUAUAUAUAUAUGGCGGACUUUUCUGUAUGUUUGAUUGUAUAUUUAACUUGCGUUUUGCCAUUCAUUUGAAUAUCUGUCGUCUAUUAGUCGCAAACUUUUCGUUAAUGGUCAUUUUAUGUAUGAUUGUUAUGGUUGGGUUCUGCG